UCCACGUUACGAAUCCAACUCUUGCGUCACCGCUCCUGGACCGCGAUUCGUGUGCCUUCAUUGCGGAAAAAGAUACAAAUGGCAGGAUAGCUUGAGGAGACAUCAGAGAGUCGACUGUGGGAACAAGGAGAAGAAAUUUUCCUGUCAUCUAUGCGACAAAAAGUUCAAGUACCGAUACGAACUACGGAAUCACGUCGAUGCUUACCACGACCUAUAAAUCCGCCAGAUGGCUACUUCUCGUUGCAACUGCCAUACGGUUUGCCAUCGGGAUUUCAACAUUACGCGGCCAGCAUGAAUUUACCGCAAAAAGAUGAAAUGAAAUAUUUGCGCAAUGAUGGCAACUUGAUGAAUAUUUGUUUCGGUUGUGGCAAGAGGUACAAGUGGAGAGACAGUUUAUUAAGGCAUCAGAGGGUUGAGUGUGGUAACAAAGAGAAAAAGUUUUCUUGCAAAUUGUGUCCGAAAAAGUUCUAUCACCAGUACAAGUUAAACGAACAUUAUCAGGGCCGACACAAGAUACCCAAGUCCCAUUAAACUGCAUAAACUUUAGUGAUCUUUGUUUCACGAAUGAUUUUUAGAAUAUUUUUAUAUCGAUAUUUUAACCGGCAAAACAAAAAUGUUCCUCGAGAAUAUACUAUUGCGAAAAUACUCGAUAUGAUUAUCAAAUUGUCUUUUUAUAUCGACAGCAUCUGUCGUAGUAUCUGAAGCCGAUGAAAAUAUGUUAAUCGCAACAAGACUGCUUUAGAAUACGUUUGUUGUACCGCUUUAAAGAUAUUAUUUUUCUUAUCGCCGGUUUCUUUCACAGACAUAGAUCGAUCAGAUCUUGCCGACUAAAGCUGAGCUAAGUCAUAAUCGGUUUGUACUUAAUAGCGUGUAAGUACGUAACGAUAAAUUCUUAUACCUGAGCGUAUAAAUACUAGGAAGCCGUGAUAAGAAUGAAUAAAUAUGGAGAAUUACAAUUGUCAUUAUAUUCUUUAAUGACAUCGAUACCAUCUUAAUCGAUUUCAAGUAUAACAAUGCCAAUAAAUUGCAAGUUGCUGUUCCUCUCUUUCCUAUCGGCCUGUUGUCGUCGAAUCGCUUGUUCAACAUUGUAUCCGAAUCGGCGACGAUGCUCUCCGUUUUGUGAAAUAAACUGAAUUAGAAAGAAGAAAAUAGAAAGGUGAAAAAUCUCGGUGCAGUUUUAUAAAUGUUGCAAGUAAAGUGUGGCUGCUUGUAUGAAAACUUAACGUGCUACUUAAUCAUAACACGAAGCCUUGUUUGCGGUGAACCUAAACCUCGUAUAUGUGUCUGUGUCAAUUGCCAGAAAGAUCAACUUCAUAUUCGUAACUAAUUUUAUGAGGCGGGUUUUACAUUUGCUUAAUAACACGCGCCAUCCAAAACGUCAGGAAACGUAACAGAAUCUUGAAGAUAAGCCGCGUUCGACGAUAUUUGGACAUCAAACAGAAAUACAAGGGCGUAAACGAUCUCGAUAUCUCGUUGAAUCUUCAUGUCUAAAUAGCACUCGGAACGCGUCUUACGUUCAGGAGUUUCGAAAAAUUGAUCGCAGACUUGAUAACUGGAAACGAAAGGAUAUAGAGCUGGUGAUUUAAAGCCGCAGGUAAUCGUUUUCGCAGGUGAUCGGUUAAAUGUAACACGAUUCGUGCUUCGCGUGUAAAUCCACUUUCGCGUAAUUUACGUUUCAUCUCUUUUGAACGACUAUCGAUGUAAGAGAAUCGUCGACGAAACGAAUAGCAGACAACGCAGAACGAUAUUGAUUCUGUUAUCUAU